AUGUCGGCAAGUAACGUUUCUAAAUGUCGCCAUACCUUACUACAAAAGGAAAAACUCGCAUUGGGCUCUCCUGUGGCUAGUCGACCUUCCACUGCUGCCAAUACACGACAUUCUCCUUGCAAUGAUAAGGAAUGGAAACAGAAGGCUCUCCAGGAUCUGAUGUGCAGGUUUGGUGAUGGUCAAGAAGCAAUGACGCAUGGAGAACGUACCAACAGGAAUCUUUAUCGUUAUCUGGUCAACGCUUCACCCCCAAACCUGGACGAAAGCAAAGGAGAUAUAGACGCACGUUUCUGUACUACCCAUGAGGAUUGCAAAAAGGCUUUGACCGAAACCAAGAAUCUUAUCAUAGCCAAGGACCAGCAGAGUUAUAAAUGGACACUCGGAAAACCUCCUAUCCAGCAAUUUUUAGUACAGUGGCGUGACGAGCCAGAUCUCGAGGUUUGUGUGCAGAUCCCCAGCCGUUCCAUCGAUGAGACCUCUUACGAGAAACUCACGAUAGGAGAGCUCACUCAAAGAUUCUUAGCCGACAAGGCGUCUGAUGACCCAGUGAACGCACUGGACAUCCGGUCCCGUUCCCCAAAUAUCUAUCCAAGGAUGCUUGAACCAGACUCUUGUAGAUUUCUUCAUCUUAUCAUUGAUGCCAGCCUAAGCAUCAAAUCAGCCCAAAGAGACGCUGCAUCAACGGGUGAGGCGCGGCAGCAUAAAAACUUGUUCGAAGGCUCACUCGUAGGUCAGCGUGGGAGCAACACGGAUGUACACCUCGACGCUAAUGGCUUCGCCACUUGGAUCACACCGCAGGACGGGGAGUUUGGGUUUAUCUGGCUGACCCGUCUCACAGCGGAUGACAUGGAAGGUUGGAUUAAGGAUCGCUCAUAUGAUAAGGACAAAGUCCGGUACGUGGUUGCGAAACCAGGACAGACCAUCUUCAUUCCGCCCGGAACUCCACAUGGCGUUGUUCGCCUGGAAGACACGCUGUCCAUAACGGGCCACUUCCUGAAGUGGUCUGAUAUCGAUAGUUGGUUGAGGAUAAUGGAUUUGCAGCGCGAGCACCCGCGUAUAACCAACGAAGAUAUGACAAAGGAUAGCAUGCUGCGUUUGCUAGAGCCCGCUCUCAAUAUUAUUCAGGGCCGAAUAGAGCGCGACGACGUCGAGGAGAUGGGAGGACAGGACGAGGCUCGAGAAAUUGAAGAAAAGGCAAAGGUUUUAAUUCUCAAGAUUCAGAAAUCGAAAAAAGGAGGGAAAAAGAGGAAACGGAAGACAUGA